AUGUCAGAGAGCAAUAUUCUGGAGGAACUGGCAGAGUCGGCGACAAAAAAUCAGGGUGGAACCAACUCUAUCAAAGGCAUCAAAGGGCUGAAAGUUAGAGAUAUCCGACCCCCUAACAUUACAAUGAGGUGCAUACCCGACAAAGCCAUGGCAAUGUCCGUAGUAUCUCAGAUCACAAUCGCUGGGAAAAGCUUUAUAGGUGGUACGAUGGAGAUCACUGUGAGAUCCAACAUGACGACAGAGAGCUCCCUGAAGGAGGACCCAGUAAAGAACAUCACACUCGAAGUGAUGAACUGUAAGGUGGAGCUGAUGAGUUGUAAAACCAACCUUCCCAGCAGCAUGCUUCCAAAGAUAGUGAAUAAGUUUCUGAAUUCUACCCUUGUGAAAGUCCUUCCAGGAAUGAUGUGCCCAGCAGCAAACAAAGUGGUCGGCCACAUGGAGGAAAAAAUGAAAGUUGUCUUUGAACAAUACUCUGUUGGCGAAAAGGGCAAAUGCCGCUACGCCACAAAUGGCGAACCAGAAAUAACAGGGGACUACAUUGGCAUGCCUUUCAAGGCUAUUAUUGAGACCAACGACGGAGAACAGAUAGAAAUUCUUGAUGAUCCACCACUCAGUGAGGAUCUCCCACCGAAAAAGGAAGGCAGCACUGAAGUCAUUGUGCCUGUGAAUGUCCUAAAUGGUUUGAUGAAACUAUUCCAGGAAGACUUCAGCUGUGAUGUUACCAUUGCUGUGGUUCCUACACUAACGACAGACAAGCUGGCAGAAAUGAUGCCAUCGAACACUCUGAUACUUGACGUGAAGACCCAGGCUCCCGACGAAGAAGUGCUGAUGGGAAAACUGGGGAAAUUGGCUGCUAUGAAAGUCUGA